AUGACUGGCAUAAUCACUUUGUGUAUGACUUGUCUUAUUAUUUAUUGCAGUUUCACCUGGUAAGAUUCACGAUAAUUAUUUUUAUGCGAUGUUGCAACAUUUUUGUUUUUCCAUCUAGUAAAACGCUGUUUUUAUAUUUGUUCAUCAGGGUGGUGCCAAGAUUUUUGGCAUGGUUAGUGAAGAGACGAUACAAGAUUUAUCUACGUGUCGGUCAUAUUUCACUACCGUAUUUCAUAUUACGGGAUGUAAAUGUAUCGAAAAAUGGUUUUACAUUGCAAGUGGAAGAGAUUAGCAUACGAAGUAGCCUAUUCAGCAGUGACGUUGCAAAACUGUUAGCUGUGAUUAUGAAGGAUGUUAGAAUUAACAAAGAUGUUCCGAUAAAACCUGUACAAAUAGUAGCAAGAGAGCCAAAGGAUCCGGUGGAUUUUCGAGACAAGAAGAUUCCACCGAUAAUUAUAACUUUUGUACAAGUAUGUAUGUAUGACAAUGACAAUCUUAGCGCAGACACGGCAAGUUAUCAUUUCCACGUUACACUGGGAAUUAUCACUGCGACCAAGACUACUUGCUGA